CCACAAAAUUGUGGCUCUACAUAAAUGCUAAAUGUAUCUAAUCAUAUAACCAGCGAAGCGUCAUUUGUCAGCUGCUAUUGAGCCAAACGAAAAAUCAACAAUAACAAUAAUGCCCCAACGAAAAUGAGAAAUAUGAGAGCUGCGAGCGAUACUGUUGACAGGCAGUAUCAAAACAGUAUAAAUAACAAUAACAAAAUACUUACAGAAGACCCGCACAUAGAAUGCAAUGCACAGCAGACUGAACCGCUCCACACAAAUCUACAAUCAGUUGAGGCAGAACCACACGCCGGAAAAGCUCAUUAAGAAGCGUUGCGAUGACAAAUAUGGGCAAUUGUUUUAUUUUAUAAUUCGAUUUUUUAGCAUAGAACGAAUACGAAUACCGUCGGCUCGAAUCGAAAUACUCGUAGUCAAUUAGCCAAAUUUCUAAAAAUACAAACAUCCUAGUUUUCUCUUCAGAAUUUUGCAAAAAAUUAUCUAUCUAAUGGCAUUCUAAAGCAGUACACGUUGAAUAUUUAUGAUGAGAUAAAUAGAUUUGUGUUCGAGUUCCAAAUCAGACAAAAAUCAUUGAAAAUGUUGCUACAUUUGUGAUGAUUACAUUGCAACCUGCCGUGAGGUGUACAUUGUCGAAAAGGUUCCACAUUGCGAAUAGUUGACAUUGUUACGCUUUUGUUCCGAAAUGAAAGAAAAUUCUACGCGGUACUUUUACGUUUUCGUGCACUAUUCGAGCGUACAAUAUUCCGUACGGGAAUUUAUUCAUAUUCUAGAAUGACAUUACGCUAACCUGUUAUGUGAUUCACUGCUCGUUGGUUUGUAUGAAUUGUGAUUUUAGGCUAUAUUUGUAUGGUUUCAUGCAUUGAAUGCAUAGUUUCAAGAUCAAAAACACAAAAAAAAAAAAUUUCAUAAAUUGUAGCGUAAAAUUCUGAACGAAAAAAAAAAUUAAACUGAAAUUUGCAACAAGUUGAAAGCAAAAACCUCUGGCAGACACUAAAACAUGGCAUCAGAUAUAUCAUCAAUUAGCAGUAUGAAGAGACAUCUGUUAACAGUCGAAAAACUGCGAGAUCGUGUUCGCAAUGUGCUGAAAUGUGUUAUUAAUUUGCAUAUCGAAAUUUUAGUAUUGGAAUCAAAUGUAACCCAACUUUUAGAUGAAGUAAGAGAUUUUAAUGCAGAUUUACUGGAAGUGCAACGACUUGAUACGUUAAUCGAUACACUUAGGAAUUACAAUGGACCUACAAUAUGUCAUGAGUGGCCCUUUCCUUUAAUAUUUAAAGGUACAAUCGAUGAAGCUGAUGUGGCCCAAAUCCUCAACUCACAGCGUGACUUCAAAAGUGAACGAAAAAAGUUUGGUAUAGAGAAUUUUGACACGUAACGUUUAAAGUCUGCCACAAAAACCUAUAAAAUAAAUAAAUUAAAUUAGUAUUAAAAAAUAUUAUUUUACGAUCAAUAACAUUUUAUGAUAUUAAACUCAAAUUAAUUUUUUUUUAUAAACCAUAGACU